ACCUCCCCGCUAUAGCAGCGAACUAGUCAGCCCGACGUGCAGAGCAGCUCAGCCUUGUAUAGCGGCUGGUUCCACGGCGUCGUUUAAGAGCGUCGCACUCCAUGUGCGUUGCGUGGAUGUUGAUAUUGCGCUCUGCAGCUUGUAACCGCGGCAAGAACUCAACAUGUCGAACCCUCCCCACGACCCGUUCUAUUCCUCCCCAUUCGGACCCUUCUACAGAAGGCACUCGCCCUACAUGGUCCAACCCGAGUAUAGGAUCUACGAGAUGAACAAACGACUACAAUCUCGUACUGAGGAGAAUGACAGUCUGUGGUGGGAUGCGUUUGCCACGGAGUUCUUUGAGGAGGACGCCACACUGACCCUCUCCUUCUGCCUGGAGGAUGGACCAAAGAGAUACACUAUCGGACGAACGCUCAUCCCACGCUACUUCAGCACAGUGUUUGAGGGCGGCGUCACUGACCUGUACUACAUCCUCAAACACUCCAAGGAGUCCUUCCACAACUCCUGCAUCACUGUGGACUGUGAUCAGUGCACCAUGGUCACUCAGCACGGUAAACCAAUGUUUACAAAGGUAUGCACAGAGGGCCGCCUGAUUCUUGAAUUUGCCUUUGACGACCUUAUGAGGAUCAAGACUUGGCACUUCACCAUCCGGCAGAACCGAGAACUCAUCCCCCGCAGCAUCCUGGCCAUGCACGCACAAGACCCCCAGGUUUUGGAGCAGCUCUCCAAAAACAUCACCCGCAUGGGGCUCACCAACUUCACCCUCAACUACCUCAGGCUGUGUGUCAUCCUGGAGCCCAUGCAGGAGCUCAUGUCGAGGCACAAGACCUACAACCUCAGCCCUAGGGACUGUCUGAAGACAUGCCUGUUCCAGAAGUGGCAGAGAAUGGUGGCCCCACCAGCUGGACACCCACAGAACUUCAAAACGGAAAUAUUCCCCACAAAUCACAAAAAAGGUCGUGCCAAAGCUGAGCCAACGAGACAGACAACGACGAAGAGGAGGAAAAGGAAGAACUCUGCCAGCAGCGCCAACAGCAGCGUGGGCAAUGCCAACAGUAAGAAGAGAAGCCCUGCCAGCAACUUCAGCCUCUCCAGUCAGGUACCUGACGUAAUGGUGGUGGGCGAGCCCACCCUGAUGGGCGGGGAGUUCGGGGACGAGGACGAGCGUCUAAUCACUCGUCUGGAGAACACGCAGUAUGAUGCCACCAACGGAUUGGAUGACGAGGAUGACUUCAACGGCUCGCCGGCGCUCGGCAAUAACAGCCCGUGGGGCAGCAAGCCGCCCAACAACCAGGACAGCAAGGCCGAGAGCACAGCGCCGCAGUCGUCACAGUAAAACACACAGAGACCAAGGAUACCAAGAGCACAGUCAGUGCCCCAACUCUCAUAUGUACAAUUGGGUGACAUUUAACUCCAGUGGUUAAAUGUCACUAUUUUGGACAUAUUCUAAUGAGACCAUGUUGCCCUCACAGUAAAACACAGAGGGAAAAUAUCUAUUUAAAAAACUGUACCUAUUUGGCCCAGUAGGGCAGCGCCCUCCAAAACCUCAAAUCAUACUGAAUUUAACCCCGUUGGCAAAUGUUUCCACGUCAUGGUCAACGGUGUCACUAUCACUCAUCAUGGUCAAUCAUCUCCACCAAAUACCAGAACAAUUCUUCUCCGACUUCACUGUAACAUCCUGAAGAGAGACUGAGACAGAGAACUGACUGACAUUGCACAGCAAUAUCCAUACGAUAAAGACUACUUUUCCAUCUAAAUGCAUACAGGUUGUAUGCAUUGCAAUGAUGACAUAAAACAAUACUAGGUUCUCUUUUUUCCAUUUUUCCUAGAAUUCCUUUGUUUGGAUUUGGUGGGAAUUCCCAGUGUUAGGGAAGUUGGGAUUGCUCUGGGAAUGACACAAGGCCAGUGUCUUCAUCUGAAUUCUCCUUCAUGGACACAUUCUCAGUCCUUGAGCUUUAACUGUAGUGGGAUUCUGUGGUUGUUUCCCUUUUGACCUUUGAUCUGCAGGUUGCGACCCCUCUGGGACAGUUGACAGUAGAAGUCAAAACAUAACAUCUAAAACAAAAUGUCUCUUUUAAGAGCAUCAGCCUCAAUGAGAACGAACCGGCAAGGUUUUACUCAGCCACCAAACUGCAUCCACGACGGCCGAGACGACGUCGUCUUGAGCAUUUGCAUCUUUAUUGGAAAUUAAUUUGGCUGUUGGUUUGUUUACGUUGUUGUUGUUUUUUCCGAUUUCCAAUUAAAAGGAGAGUGACUCUGUUUCAGCACUAUGGACAGCUUCAAGUGGGAUACUCGUGUUCCAGGAUUUCCUUUCCAAAAUUACAGCAGUCGUCGCCGAUUGUUAUUUCAUGCAAACCUGUUCGAUCGUGUUUGUAGUCUAUUGGUGUUCUUUUGCUUCUCCCCAAAAUACUUUGCAAUCAGAUUUGUACGUUGCCAAUCAGUAUGUCAACUUUGCUGACAUACAUCAAUGCAUUAAUGUUUUUUUUCUUAUUUUGGAAUUUGUCUUUGUUCUUUCCCUUUAAUGACUGACCUAUUCCAAACUGAUAUUAAAGUUCUAAUGCAGUCAUUUUCAUCUCAAUAUCAAAUCAUUUCUGGGUAACAAUUAAGUACCACAUUGUGAUUGUUUUUAAUUAAAAUCUCAAAAAGAAACAAAAUUAGCUUCUUAGCAAAAAGCAAUUCCUCCUUUCUAACAGCUUUUACACUAAAAGGGCAUCAUCAUAAUAUUCUCAAUUUCACAGUAUUAUUCCAACCUCAUAGUGUGAAAAUAUAUAUAAAACACAGGCACAUCUCGUUUGACUGCAAUGGGCCUUUAAAGCUUUUUCCUGCAUGAUUUAACUUUUUUUGUUUCAUAUAUG